AUGUGGCAGAGGUUCUGGUUUGAGUCAAUAGAUAUCUCUUUUUUGCGUGUCCGAGGCCUGAGGGGAGUCUCCCAACUUCUCCAGAGCUUCACAGAGGGAGAACUGAAGAAGGUGAUCGGGACUCUGAUUGACAGGAGUAGCAAGAGGAGAGGCAGGAACAGUAGAGAGGAGAGCCAGGAGAGCUCCUCCCAGACGACUAAGGGAGCUAAGAGUGGGCGGAGGAAGAGGUUGAAGCCGUGCUCUUUGCGGGAGGUGGAGGUGACGGUGGGGGAACUGGGGCUGGGCUACGACAGCGACGAGACUCUCCUCUUCAGGUACUGCAGCGGCAGGUGCACCGCGCGGCGACGACGCAACUAUGACAUCGCCCUGGAACACACGAGGAGGGCGGGGCUCAUUAAAAAGGGGCGGAGAGACAAGGUGCAGUACAGCCCGUGCUGUCGGCCUAUCGCGUACGAGAAGGAUAUCUCCUUCCUGGAUAACAACAGUAGAUACCACACGGUGCAGGAGGUGUUGGCACGGCAGUGUGGCUGUGCGUGACCCUGGGGGAGGUGUGUAAACGUUUAAUAACGACCACGUCCUCUGAACCACCAAUGAGUAAUGGCUACUGGGAUGAUGUCAUAAGAGAACAAUAUGAUGUCUCAGUGUGGAUGCAAUGCCUCGUGAAAAGCGAGACUUGUCAUCGCAGGUGUUAUGGUCACGUGAUGCAGGAAGUGUCGGUUCUGGAGGCGUUGCUGUGCACGAUCUCUGAACACGGGGCCUGUUUCCGGGAAAGAUCCGUGGAGUUUUCUUUUAUCCGUCUUGUUGUACUGGCAGCUUUGCCUUUCGAAAGGCAGCGCUCUGGAGGACCCAGAAUUCAAAUAAAACGGCAAUAUGCUCUAUCAUAGAGAACAGAAUUCAUUGUUAUGUACAUGUAUUUCGGUUGGAUACAUGGAUAUUACCCACGGAUACCGGAUUACAGCGAAAACAGGACGAUGCCUCUGGAUGAACUUUUGACAUUGGGAGGAUAACAGGAGGGCGACAUGUUGGCGAGCAUUCAGAUAGAUGUGAUCGUCUGUCAAGUGGAAUAUAGGGACUGCGAUUAGCUCUGUGAAUCCCAUUUCUAUCUGCAAGGUUGUGAACCUUUCAUCUCAUGGAAUGUGAGUCUGCCCUCUGGUGGCGUUGGAGCUGCAGGACCUCCAUGUUCUAUGAGAAGGAGCACCAAUGCCUUCUGGGAUAUCAUGUCAGGUCUAGUUCAUUUUGGCAUGUGCACAGGAUACACGUGGUAUGCAGUACAAUGAAAUGCUUACCUGUAGAUUCAUUCUCGGCGAUGCAACAUCAUAAAAAGACAGAAGUCAAUAAAUUAAGAAUAAUUUAAAAAAUAAGUUACAUUUAAAUAUCGUCUGACUCCCCGGGGUCCUGGGAUACCGUACUGGGUACGGGAAGAUAGAGCAACAGGAUGACGUCUUUGAAUAUGGAUCUGUGUGGAUGUAUUCAGGGAUGGAAUUCAAGGAUUUUGUGUACCGAUCAGCUUGAGCUUAUAGACUCUGGCAUUUUUACUACGCAAGGUCCAAAAUCUAUGCAAUGGGAUAUUUUAAUAGAAAAAAAUAGCUAGCCAAUGGGCUAGUUUGGUAUAUUUUCUUCUAGCCCAGUCUAAAAAGUACUAGCCUCGGGCUAUUUGUAUGGAACUGGUUGAGGGCAACACACCUGUAGUGAACUUCUGAGAAUCAUGAGAGCAUGGACCCGGUUACUAGAACAGUACUGAGUAUGGACCCAGUCACUAGAACAGUACUGAGUAUGGACCCGGUCACUAGAACAGUACUGAGUAUGGACC